AUGAAGCUCUUAUCUUGGAAUGUCAGAGGGAUUGGGAAGCCUGAGAAGAGGGGAAGAAUUAAAAGACUACUAAAGGAGAGGCAUAUUGAUAUUGUUUUCUUACAAGAGACAAAAAAGAUUGUGGUAUCUGACAAUCUAGCUAGAGGGCUUUGGGGCCAAAGGAAAAUGGAGUUCUUGUCUGUGGAUCCAGAAGGUACUAUAGGUGGGCUUUUAUGUAUUUGGGAUCCAGAUAUCUUCCAAUUAUCUAGUAGCUGCUGCAACAGGAGGUUCAUUCUACUUUCAGGUACCUUAUAUAAUUCCUUUCAUUGUGUUCUACUUAAUGUUUAUGCUCCAAAUGAUGCCAGUAGUAGAUCCUAUUUGUGGAACACAUUACUUAAUAUUAAGACCUACUUCUCCAACCCUUGGUGCAUGGGAGGUGAUUUCAAUGAAAUAAGACAGAUUGGUGAGAGAGUAGGCUGCUCCAGAAGAGACACAGGCAUGAAACAGCUCAAUGAGUUCAUAGACUCCGCUGAAUUAAAUGAUCUUCCCCUUCUUGGUAGGAAAUAUACAUGGUGCAAUUCCCAGAAUUGGAGCAGAAUUGAUAGGGUGUUGUUAAGCGCUGAAUGA